GAGGGAAAUUUGAUAAAUUAUGCUUAAAGAUUAGAGGUGGUGUUUAAUUAUACUACCCUUUUAAAAAUUUUAUAACUAUUCUCAUCUUUUAAUAGUGACCCCAAAAUACCCCUCUCCUCUAACCCAAAAAAUUUGCCUCUUCUCCCUCUCAUCUUCAUUCACGCACUCUCUCUCUCCUCUUCACGAUCUCUCUCUCUCUUUCACUCUCUCUCACUCUUCACGCACUCUCUCUCUCUCUUCACACACACUCCCUUUUUGUCACUGCCGCCGAUCGACCCUCUCCCGGCCGACUGCCACCUCCACCAUUUUCACCCUCAACCUCCACCUCACUCAACAAAGCAAUGGAUUCAUCUGUAUUUGUGCCUGUACUGUAUGAUGGCGUUUGGACUUUGGAGGGUUUGAACUGGGUAUUUGAUUCCUCAAAAAGUAGGACAUUGAUAUUGGACAUUGACUGUACACUGAAAAAGUUGCAUGAAGUUUUGCAUGAGGAGUUGGAGGUGGACCCCUUGGUGUUUGAAUUGAAGUUAGAAGUUCUUUACAUGUACAUGAAAGGCACUAAGUUUCCACCUGAGGUUUUAGUGAAAGAUAGUCAACUACGAGUGUUCUUGAGCAUGAAGGCAAAAAUGAGUGUGGACAACUUGUUGCCACUAUUUGUGACUAAGGUGAAGAAGAAUGUGAAUUUGGAGCAGACUCCCCGAAAUGUAACCCCUAGAAGUGUUGUUGGGACCUUUGUCCCAGAAACUGAUCUGGGGGUUGGUUUGGACGAACUAGUUGGCACUAAUGUAGAUGAUGAGAGAGUGGGUAUCGAAUUUCAUCAUUCAGAUGAGUUCGAUGCUCCCUUUUACAACAAUGAUCCUGUGGUCGAUUUGGGUGUGGAUGAUGAUGUGGCUGCUGAUGUACCUCCCCUGAGGAUGGAACUAACUCCAAGCAACCAAGUAGAGCGACAAAGAAGACCCCCCCGUAGUGAGAAUCGCCAAACACCAGGAACUAGUAGCAGUCGGCCAGGUCCUUCUAAUAGUGCUCCUGUAUCUGAAUUUGAAGUUUCUACUAAAUUCAAACCUCUUGUGUGGACAAGGGAAGACAUAGAGGAAAAUAAUGUGUAUACAACAUCUCUUAGUGGUACGCCUUCAGGGGAGAUAUAUCUUGGCAAGUUGUACAAAAACAAGGAAGAAUUGAAGAAUGUAGUUGGUAGGUAUGCACUGAAAAAUAAUUUUGAGUGGAUGGUAAGUAAGUCUGGCACUGAUGUGUUUUACGUUACUUGUAAGGAUGAAAAUUGUAAAUGGAGAUUAAGGGGGAAGAAGAAGGCACUUUGUGACAUGUUUGAGGUUACUGUGUUUCACAACGAACACACAUGUAACUUGGAUUCUAGACAUUCUGAUCACCGGCAAGCAGCACCGUGGGUCAUUGGUCACAUUAUUAAGAACAAGUACACAUCAGAUGGAUCUAACUACAAGGCAAAAGACAUACAGAGGGAUAUGUUUGAUGAAUAUGGCAUCAAGAUGAGUUAUGAGAAAGCUUGGAGAUGUAGAGAGAAGGCAGUUAUGUACAAGAGGGGUACUCCAGCAGAAUCUUAUACGAAAUUAUAUGGUUACUUCUACAUGCUGGAACAGAAUAAUCCAGGCACUAUUACUGACAUUGUCAGCGAGGAUAACCGGUUCAAGUACUGUUUCUGGUCACUCGAUGCUUGUAGGAAGGGAUUUAAGUAUUGUCGUCCUGUGAUUAGUAUCGACGGAACAUUCUUGAAGACGAAGUAUGGAGGAACACUGUUAGUUGCUGUUGCGUACGAUGCAAACAACCAAUUGUUUCCGGUAGCCUUUGCAAUUGUUGACAGUGAGAAUCAUGACUCUUGGAAGUAUUUCUUGCGAAAGUUGAAGGAAGCCAUUGGUCGGUUGAAAAUCUUAUGUUCAUAUCGGAUAGGCAUCAAAGCAUUGAACAUGCUGUUGAUGUUGUUUUCCCAGAAGCAUGCCACUGUGCAUGCUUCAAGCAUAUUACUAUGA